AUGGGUUCGCUUGCAACAAUACCGCCCGUUGCCCAUAAUGCAAGCCCAGCCGAUGCCGCCACCGACAACGCCCCAGACGAGCUGAACGACCUCUCCUACCUUGUGGAAGUUCUUCGUUCCGUCGAGACAGAGCAGAAUAUCGAGCAAGAUUUAAUCACCAGAGCAGCCACACUCGGCAUAUCCAUCCCAGCGCCGCCUUUGCCUUCGGAAGACACCCACAGCCCCGGCGCCGAGUCCGACGCCACCCUCUCCUCCACCCAUGCUCGCAACACCUCCUCUGGUUCAGAAGACACCACAAAUACCGCCAUGACGUCGAAUCCACCUUCACGACCGAAUACUGGUGCCGAGCCACACGACCACGCUCCUCCUGUCCCGAGUUCGAGAGCAAGAUCGCGGAGCCUCAACUUCUCAACCUACGACAAAUACCUGGCGCAGUUGGAACCCAACUUAUGCCAGCCCAAGAUCCUCAAACGGCCGCCUACUCCUACAAACCCCGCUCCGAGUAUAUUCAGCGUUAGCACGAGAAAGAGUUACAUCAGCAUCAAAAAUGGUUUAAAGGCGAAGGUCCGGUGGAAGAAGCCGUCUAAUAUACCAAGUGCCACUUUAUCCUGCAUAUGCUGUCGAGAUGACUUCAACAAGCAGAAUGAUCUCCAGACCCUGCCCUGUGGUCAUACCUACUGCGGAAACUGUCUACGAAUCAUGAUCGAACAGUCUACGACCGAUGAGUCCAAGAUGCCGCCCCGAUGCUGCACACAGCCCGUCCUGGGCACAACAAUACGCAAUCUCCUCACCCGUGACGAACAGCAGCUGUUCCUCAAGGCUGUUCAACAAUAUAGUACUCCCUGGGAAGCACGAAUCUUCUGCCCUAAUCCCUGUUGCAACGAGUUUAUCCCACCACGGAACCGGAUCGACCCUAAACAUCCAUUCGACGUGGUCUGCAGGGAAUGCCGGACCAGAGUGUGUAUUUGGUGCAAGAGGGAUGCGCAUCCCGUGGGCCAGGACUGCCCCAACGAUCAUGAGCUGGAUCAGGUGCUACGAAUGGGCGAGAAAUCUGGCUGGAGGAGAUGUUAUAAGUGCCGCACUCUGGUGGAACUCACCCAAGGAUGCACGCAUAUGACAUGUCGGUGCAAGGCUCAGUUCUGCUACAUAUGCGGUGCUGUGUGGGACCCUGCUGUAGGAUGCCCAAACUUUUGCAAUGGAGAGGAAGAGCUUGAGCGGCGGAGGAUGGAAGAGGCCGCGCGAGAAGCGGAGCUCGAGGCUGAGAAGGCGGCCCAAGAAGCAGCCGCCGCCGCCGCAGAGGUCGAGCGCCAGCUGGCGGAAAAGAGGACACAGGCUUGUGAAGAAUUCAAAAAGUUAAAAGACGAGCAGGAGGAGGAGAAAUGGCGAUUCAGAACGUUUGAACGGAAGACCAAGUGGGUCAUGUGGACGCGACAUGAGGAGCGAAAACUCAAGCUGAAUGAGAAAUACUCGGACCAAAUCGAUAAGAUGAAGGAGCGUCAUGCAAAGACCGAGCAACAUCUGGAAGAACGUCAGAUUGCGGCCGAGAUCGAGCUCCGGGCGUCGCUGGAACAGGCAGAGAAGAGCGUGCGGAUCCGCGUCAAGCACAUGGAAGCAUACUGCAAGGCCCUUGGUAGGUCAUCGAUGGGCGGGACCGAUAGCGACAUGCCGCCGCGCGUCGUCACCGAGAGGCACUUGCGGGAACUAGGACAGCAGCAUAACGCACUCGAGGGCAUGGCCAGGCUGCACCAGGCGAGAAUCAACGUGCUUCGGGACCGCCAAGCCAAACGCAUGGAGGAGCUUCUCGAACGCCAAGAGUCCGAGCUGGAGAAGCAGCGAGAGAAGCGCGAUCAGGAGAUGGAGGACCUCGUCGCCGAGCUCGCGAACGAGGAGGAUGCGCUGGCAAGAGUCUUCAAGGAACGCAAGGAGCGACUCGUGAGACGGUGGGAGCUCGCCAUCGAAAUAUUGCGGGUGACGAAAGAGAAGGAAAAGGGCGUCAAAUUUGCGCCGAUACCCACCCCAGCUUGGCCGGCGGAGGCACCGUCUGCUAUGGACGCCUCAGGCCCUGAUGAUGCUGGCUUGACUGUGGUGAAAGAGGAGGAAGAGAAGGAAGAGGCAAUUGAUGCAGCGAUCAUCUUGUAA